AUGUCUGAUGUAAUAAAGACAACGAUUCCGGUGCUGUUGCAAGUUACCGUCGCCGAAGAAGAGCUGCAGCGCCUGCAUGUUGAAUCUACAGGCAGUGUUCGCGAGGGAGUUUCCGUGUCGGAGGAUGAUAAUCUGACUGAGGUCGUGAUUUCUGACAGUAACCCUAAUCAUUACAGUUUUGUGUCUAAUAAAUUCACUCACGAAUAUCCUUUAUCCGCACCAACGAAUAAUUCUAUACCUGGUACAGCAACUAACGAAAUUAUGGCCAACUAUGCAGAUAUUGUAGAGAAAGCUAAAUCAGCUUUCAACAAUAACCAAACAAAAUCAUUACAUCUCAGAAAACAUCACCUUAGGCAACUUCUGAAGCUUUUAAAUGAAAAUUCUUCAGACUUACAAAUAGCCCUAGCUUCUGAUUUAAGAAAGAGCAAGCAAGAAGCAGUGUUGUUUGAAAUUGAAUAUUUAAAAAAUGAUAUCAUCAACGCUCUAGGCUCACUAGAAUCCUGGAUGAAAACUGAAAGGCCUGAUAAACCAUUGAUUAAUAUAAUGGAUGAUGUAUUAAUACAUAAAGAUCCAUACGGAGUUGUAUUGGUAAUGGGAGCUUGGAAUUACCCAUUACAGCUAACUUUGUUACCCGUAGUUGGUGCAAUAGCUGCUGGGAAUAGUGUCGUUAUAAAGCCUUCUGAAAUAGCUCCAGCUACUGCAAAACUCAUUGCUGAGCUAAUACCAAAAUAUCUCAACAGAGAUGCUUUUCCAGUUAUUUUAGGAGGUGUAGAAGAAACAACUCUAUUACUUAAACAAAGAUUUGAUUAUAUUUUCUAUACAGGAUCAACAUCUGUAGGCAAAAUAGUUAGAGCUGCUGCAAAUGAAUACUUGACACCUGUUACAUUGGAAUUAGGUGGUAAAAGCCCUUUGUAUAUAGACGGUACUGUUAAUAUGGAUAUUGCUGUUAAGCGUAUAAUUUGGGGAAAAUGCAUUAAUGCUGGACAAACAUGUAUUGCUCCAGACUAUGUUUUGUGUACACGUCAAGUUCAAAAUACAUUUGUGGAGAAAGCUAAACAACUAUUAAAAGCCUGGUAUACUGAUGAUCCAAAAAAUUCUCCAGAUUUUUGUAGAAUAGUUUCAGAAAAACAUUUUGUGAGAUUAUUAGACUUGAUGACUAAUAGCGGAUCAAUUGCAGUUGGUGGUAGACAUGAUAAAAAAGAUCUCUAUAUCGAACCAACAAUAUUGACUGAUGUGAAACCUACAGAUCCCAUAAUGAAAGAAGAAAUUUUUGGUCCAAUUUUACCAAUUAUAAUUGUGGAUAAUGCUUAUGAUGCUAUAAGUUAUAUUAACAGCAGGAGUAAACCAUUAACGUUAUAUGUAUUCUCUUCCGACCAAGAAAUGCAGAAUUUAUUUAUGAGACAAACUUCUAGUGGAUCAUUUUGUGUAAAUGACACCGUUAGUCAUUAUGCUGUUGAAAAUCUACCAUUUGGAGGAGUUGGUCUUAGUGGAAUGGGAGCUUACCAUGGAAAACAUACAUUUGAUACAUUCACGCACCGUAAAAGCUGUUUGGUUCAAGAUUUCAACAUCAUAGGAGAAUCCUUUUCUUCAGCAAAAUAUCCACCAUACUCUGACAAGAAACUGAGCAUAGUAUCUUUUUUGAUGAAGAAGAAACCAAGCAUUAAUUUCAAAUUUCUGCCAUAUUUGUUUGUAUUGGUCUUGGGGUGGUGCAACUUUUGCAUUCAAGUAUUUAAAUAA